AUGUCUAGACCUCCAUCUCACAUAUCUCAGGCAUUGAGUGCGGAAGAGGCGGUAGCCACAGCCACCUCGCAGAAGGCAGCAUUGGACGCGGCUAUCAAUGCCGCGGAGUAUUACAUGAAAGCGCUGAGCCUGGCGCCCGCCGAAGAUAAAAGGCAUCUCGACCAAAAAUGCAAGGACUUACUUACAAAGGCCGAAAAGAUCAAGGCCGCUGCCGACUGGCAGUCCGUAGCGGGUGCGGGGCCCCAGAAAGCCUUCCCUAGCUUACGGCCGCCUACAUCCACACGCAAACUCACCACCCGCGAAGAGAUCAUCGUUCUCGAGGGGUCCAAGUUGAAUGGUUUCAUCUUUCCGCCGUGGAGUCGUGCACCACUUCAGGAUGAAUUCAUUCAGGAGGGGGAACCUUUCACGGAUGCGCCGGACUUGCACCUCUCUGAGUGUCAGAGGGAUAUUUUUGCAGGCUGGAAACGGCCGCAUGACCUGUUACGGACAAUGAAAGCGACCAGCCAGACACAUGAUGCAAUUGACCCGUCCAUGUCGGCUUCGGGGCAAACUGAUCUUGUGCAGGACGUCUUAACAGACUGCUCGGUGGUCGCGAGUCUCUGUGCUACGACGUCUCGAGCCGAACGAGGCCUAGGACAGCAUGCAUCGCCGACACUGUACCCGUGCAAUGAAGAGAACGCUCCGAUCAUUUCGCAGUCGGGGAAGUACAUAUUUCGCUUCUAUUUCAAUGGGUCUUUCCGAAAAGUAGUAAUAGACGACCGAUUACCGUCGUCGAAGACAACACGCUCACUCCACGUGAUUGAUCGCAAUAACCCCAAUUUCCUGUGGCCUGCUCUUGUGGAGAAGGCUUACCUGAAAGUUCGCGGGGGAUAUGAUUUCCCAGGUAGUAACUCGGGGACAGACCUUUGGGUGCUGACUGGCUGGAUUCCGGAACAAGUCUUUUUACACCAUGACGAUGCCACCUCGGAUGAGAUAUGGGGGCGUUUAUACAAUGCUUUCUACCAUGGAGAUGUGGUCCUAACGAUCGGCACUGGAAAGCUAACCGAACUCGAACAACAAGGGCUGGGGCUAGUGGGCGAACACGAUUAUGCUAUCCUGGACAUGAAAGAAUUCCAGGGCCGUCGUCGGCUUUUGUUGAAGAACCCGUGGGCUGGCGCGGAACCCCAUGUACAAAGCGGUCCCGACUCACUUACACUCAGUGGUAGCUCCCCGCUGUCUCCGGGUACCUUCUGGAUGGACUGCGAGCAUGUCCUUCAAAAUUUCGAAAAUCUUUACCUCAACUGGAACCCCGGAUUGUUCAGGUACCGCGAAGAUAUUCAUUUCACCUGGGAUUUGUCACAUGGCCGAGUUAUCGCUGGCUGUUUUGUGAAGAAUCCUCAGUUCUCCAUCUCCAGUGAUCUGGGAGGGACGGUCUGGCUGCUGCUCGGGAAACAUUUCAAGACAGAUGAUCAACAGACUGAAUUCAGUGAAUUGGAGAGUGGACUAGGCUUCAUCAGCAUCUACAUCUUCCAAGCGAAUGGCCGAAGGGUAUCGCUCAGUGACGGUGCGCUCCAUCGCGGACCGUAUGUCGACUCCCCAAACACACUUAUGAGGCUGGAGAUGCCACCCAAUACGACCUACACCGCAGUGAUUUCAGAGCAAUCACUCCCAUCAGUCAGCCAGAACUUUACACUUUCUGCGUUUUCAACGAAUCCUGUUGCCGUGGCGCCUUCGCUAGACAAGUACCUCUGUCUGACCAAGGCAAGUGGUUCCUGGACAGCGAUGACAGCAGGGGGGAACGCCGAGUCACCUCGAUAUCACUCCAAUCCACAGUUCAGCAUACGGAUUUCCGAAUCGACAGACGUCUCCAUAUUGCUCGAGACCACUGAAGCGGACCUAGCAACACACGUGAAGAUCUUUUGGUCCAAUGGACAGCGGAUAUCGCGCGUCCGAAGCCGAGACAUCAUUGCAGAUAGUGGCGAUUAUCGCCGCGGAUGCGCGCUGGCCGAAGCCAAAUCCCUGGAUAGAGGCACUUAUACCAUAGUGUGCUCUACAUUCGCACCCGAUCAACUGGGUCGGUUCACGUUGUGGAUCUCAUCCACAAUUCCCUGUACAGUUCAACCUUUGGUUUCCGAGUCCGCAGGUCGACGUACCGUCUUGUCCGACGUGGGUGUGCUGGCUCCAGGCAAGGACCGCAUGCUGGUAUCGCUGCGAGUCUCGCGUCUGACACGAAUCCGCCUGAUUGCCAGGAGCAAGCGGUCCAUGAUCGGGUCUCGCCCUGUCGCCCCGUCUCCCGUGCUGAUGACGGUGGAACUAGGCCAGGGUCCUUACAAGGAAAUCUUGGCCAGCUCAGAGGAUGGAACACACAGUGAUAGUGCUUCAGGGGUUCGCGUCGAUGACUUUGAUUUGCAGCCCAGUACCGAGUCACGCGGUGUGUGGAUUGUGAUUGAGCGCAUUGGGGGUCCGGGAGGGCAGGUGGAAGAUCAUUUCGAGGUCGAGGCAUUAGCAGAGGAGAGAGUUGAAAUUGGCCAAUGGGUGGUUGAAGACGAAUGA